UUUACGGUAUACGUCUACAUAAAUUAUAACAUUUUUUUCCAGACCAUGGAUGAACUUUCAAAAAGAGACAUUUUAGGCAAGUUUUUACGAUUUCCGGCAAUUUUCUGACACAGGCACUUUGAAGAGGUAAUUUUUACAGAAUUAGAAGAAGACAUCAUGGAUUUUCCUAAUUAUCACGACGGAUAUGCAACUUACUUGUAAACAAAUCAAACAAAGUCUAUGAUACAUUUUCGAUAAUGCAAAAAGAGACAUUCAAGUCUCUGAUUGAGAGCCGCAGAUUGAACAUUCGCACGGCGCAAUGGUAGCGUUUUCGCCGAAUUCGUCGGGGCGAAAACUCCAAGAGAGCCGUACCACUCACCAGUCCCGAACGCUGCGCUGUAUGUUUGAUGAUUUAUCUGGUGCCAUUUCGUGCUUAUAAAUUUGUUUUUUCUACAAUGCCACUAUCUCAUUAAAAUUGUUUGUCAUGAUAACAUUGGAAAUAUUAUCGUUUAAUGGCCCAAAGGAUCGACUGUAAUAAAAGAUACUUUGAAAUAUUGUCAGAGAGUGAUUAGUUAGGUGAUGUUUAUGGUCAGAAUUCAGUCAUGGCUUCGGGUGAACUUACGCGAACGCGGUCACUUGCUCACGGGGCGAGUCGGCCUGGCCCUUUGGUGGAAGGCCGUUAGGCAACGUGCAGUGCAGCUAGAGCAGAGUUGGGGAGUCGAGUUAUAGAACAAGCGCACUUUAGUGGCUUGCGUGUUUGGGGAAAAGAAACUGACGAUGAACAUGACAUCGAACAACAAAGAAUACUCGACCAUGAUCGACCAGGAAGACCUUGUCAACGCCGAGGCCGAGCUUGCUCAGCUUCGUCAACGAUAUCGUAUCGUAGAGAACGAUCGGAGGGCCUAUUUGGAUGAGUCAAGUAAAAUUCUGCGAAAACAAAGGAAAUUCAUUGAAACACUGGAAAAAGAGAAAGCCGAGUUUCAGACGGAUAUGCACGUGAUCGGCUGUCAGGCCAAUCAAAGACGAGAAAAUAGUGACCUUCAAACAAUGCAAGAUUUGAUAGAAACAUGUGAGGAGGGUGACCGACAUAUUUCAGAAGAAAUGCAUAAACUACAGAUGCUGGACAAGAAGUUGAGUGACAUGGCAGAGGUUAGUCUCAAUCAUCUUCGUAUUCAAGGAGGUUGGGAUGCUGAUCAAGUUCGCCAUCUUACAAGUCGGAAGAAAAUCAGACUCCUUGAGGGAAAACUAGACAAGCGAACCAUCGCAUUCAACAAAGCCUUGUCGACCAACAACAAGCUUCGUGCUAACAUACAUCAAAUUCGUCGUGAUCUUGGGCUUCUUACAAACACAUACAAGACAGUCCUCAAGAAGCAGAGUGAUGUCAAGAAUAAGAUGAAUGAAAUUAUUCAGUUGUCUACAGCUGCGUACGAAAGCAGGGAGGAAUGUCUAGCUCGGAUGUCGACGAUUAGGGAACGAAAUGAAAAGGAUGAGAUGGCUUAUAAUAACGAGGUAAAAGGCUUGACUCGUCUUCUAGCUCAUGAUCAACGUCUCAAAGACUUCAUGAAUCUGAAGACCCAAGAUAGAUCGCAUCUCCUAAAAGCUGCAUCGGAGAGAACAAAACAAAAACUAGCCAAGAGCAGCAAAACAUGUCUUCACCAAGAGGAGAUCAAGGGAUAUGAAGCUGUCUUCGAGCGCCUGAAAGUGUACGCGGGCGAGGCCGACCUCGAUCAACUCGUCCGCGAGUUCAUCAAGAAAGAGGGCGUGGCCUUUGCUCUCUUCAAUUACAAGAGCGAGCUUGAUUGCGAUGUGGAGGCAUUCACGCUCAGGAAUCAAUCAUUAAGAAAAGACAUGAAAAUGUUCAUUAACCAGGGUAUUCAACUGGUAGGACAGAGAGUCAAUAUCAUGAAGGAUUUGGAGGUAAAGGUAGCAGAAACUACUCUGGCGGCAGACGCGGCUCAGAACCGGUACAAGAUGUUUCGCAAAGAUCUCGACAAUGCCUUCCGUCGUAUCGUCGCAUUCCUCCGCAAACUUGGCUGCGAUUCAUCAACGGUGACGAACAGGCUUGGCUGCGGAGGUUCUAUCAACGAUCAGAACGCGAUGGCGUACCUGGGAUUGGCCGAGUUCCUUUGUAACGAUAUCCUACUCGUUGAAGCUUUUCAUCAACAUCGAAGGCAAAAGAAGAAUAGUUCCUCAAAGAAGUUGGCAGCAGCUCAGCAGGGGAGUGUCAUCACGGCCAAACUACGCCCAAAGUCCCCCGUUGCCGUGUCUAUCGUACCACCCCCAGUCGGGGAUGAUGGGGAGAUACCUGCCGACCUGGAACAAAUCGCAUGCAGCGGCAUGGAUGAAUGGCAGCCUCUUUCACCAGACGAGAUAAGAGCUAAAGUCACGCGAACCAUCGAGAGACGCGAGAUGAAGACGCGCAAUUCAUCAAAGAACGACUGGAGAUGGCAGGCUAAGAGUACAGACCCCGGAUCGCCCGAUGUCAUCAGAGAUGUUCAUUCUGGCUCUGAUUUUAUGAUAGAUCAUUCACUAUCAUCAGAGAGGUCCCUUAAUUUUGCUAAGCAGUAAUAAUUCAUAUUUCAAUUUCAACAUGGCUAUAUUUCAUUAUCAGUAAACAAACAAAUAAUGUAAGAGCACAGAUCAUUGCAAAAUUAAAAAAGACCUGCAUAACAUCCUGGGUCCUAUAUUAUAUAGCAUAUACAGAUUAAUCACAAGGAUCAUUUUAAAAUUAAUAGCAAUUAUCAUUAUGUACCCUUGUUCAUAUAAAUUAAUUGCACAGUUAAUUACGAAGUAUUGUGAUACAGGGACCAACAGGCUCCUAUAUGAAAAUAUGACAACCACCACCAACAAAGAGAUAUUCAAAAGCAUAGUCAUGACCUUUAUAAGCGGCAUAACAUGGAUUAGUGAUGAGAAGGAAUCUUAUUCAAUUGGAACAAUUAUUUGAUUUCUGAAGCACAGAGGGUGAAAGUUGAAACUGUAGAGAUGAAAGAGAUGAUACUCCGAAGUCUCCAUGCAGGGGAAGCACUGUUUAUGAAACAUUCAACAACACAACAUUGGGGCAAACAAAAGAUUUCACAAAUGAAAAUUGUAGAGAUUCGCUAGAAUAAAAAAAAAAUGGCUUUGGUGAAAACACCUUCAGAAUUUGAGGAAAGAAAUCUUAAGAAUUUAGAUGCUAGCAGAAUGGUAGUCAGAAAAUGACAGCAAUAAUUAAUUUAUAUAUAAAAAAAAUUAAGGUAAAGAAAACAAAUAAAUAGGACGAAUUGCUCUGUAGUCUAUUUAUGAGUGCACGUGUAGUACCUCCACUCUUAAAAAAUUUAAAUAAAUGAAAAGUAAGAGAAGGAGAAGAUGGAUGGAGACAGGAGAGAAAGAGAGAGGGGGGGAGGAGGUUGGAGAGGAUUUAUGUUCUGAAAGAUGUGUGCUUUAUGUCUGACAAAACUUGAUGGAACUAAACAUCUUUAAAAACUAUGUUUCUCUGGUAAAAAAGGUAUUGAUUAAAGGCAUCCCAAGUUGUUUCUAUUUAAGUCAAACAUGUCUAAAGUAACUAGUCCUAGGUCUCAUAACACAAAGUUCAGCGCCUGAUCGUAAAAUUGAUUCUCACACUGGACUGUACAUUGUCAGCGGUCAAUGCUAUCAAUCGUAAAUUUAAUUUGCAAUCGAUUGCUAAGCUUUGUGUUGCAGUCCUGCCCUGCUAGGCAAUACAUCAUGGCACUGAACUGAAAUCAGUGCAUAGUUCAGGUGGGUGUUUCAUAAAGCU